AAUGUCAGACUCUUCAUCUUCUGACGGAGAAGAUAAUCAAAAGUUUCUCGGGAACCGAAAGAAAAACCUAACUAAAAAGAAAGUAGUUACGGAAGAAAUUGAAAAGGACGAUGAAGAAGAUGUGAAAGAGAAAUCAUUUGCCGAACUUGGUGUCUCCCAGCCGCUAUGUGAUGCUUGUCAGCGACUCGGAUGGAUGAAACCGUCAAAAAUUCAACAAGCUGCUCUUCCACACGCACUACAAGGAAAAGAUGUAAUUGGUCUCGCAGAAACAGGAUCAGGAAAGACUGGCGCAUUUGCAAUUCCCGUCUUACAAUCACUUCUCGAUCAUCCUCAAGCUUUCUUCUGUUUAGUAUUGACUCCAACAAGAGAACUUGCAUUCCAAAUUGGCCAACAAUUUGAAGCUCUGGGCUCAGGAAUUGGAUUAAUUGCUGCGGUUAUCGUCGGUGGUGUGGAUAUGGCUGCACAAGCGAUGGCUCUUGCAAGAAGACCUCACAUUAUCGUUGCAACUCCAGGACGCCUGGUUGAUCAUUUAGAGAAUACCAAAGGAUUCAAUUUGAAAGCAUUGAAAUUCUUAAUUAUGGAUGAAGCCGAUCGUAUUCUCAAUAUGGAUUUUGAGGUGGAGCUGGAUAAGAUUCUUAAAGUAAUUCCUCGUGAACGUCGAACCUACUUGUUCUCAGCCACAAUGACCAAGAAAGUUUCAAAGUUGGAACGAGCAUCGUUGCGAGACCCGGCCCGUGUUUCUGUUUCUAGUCGCUACAAAACUGUCGAUAAUCUGAAACAACACUACAUCUUCGUCCCAAAUAAGUACAAGGAAACAUAUCUUGUGUAUCUGCUAAACGAACAUGCCGGAAAUAGUGCAAUUGUCUUCUGUGCCACAUGUGCUACAACCAUGCAGAUUGCUGUGAUGCUUCGUCAACUUGGAAUGCAGGCUGUCCCUCUUCAUGGACAAAUGAGUCAGGAAAAACGUCUCGGAUCACUGAACAAAUUCAAAAGCAAAGCUCGUGAGAUCCUUGUGUGCACCGAUGUGGCAGCUCGUGGAUUGGAUAUUCCACACGUCGACAUGGUCAUCAAUUAUGAUAUGCCAUCUCAAUCGAAAGAUUACGUUCAUCGUGUUGGAAGAACUGCUCGUGCUGGAAGAAGUGGUAUUGCAAUUACAGUUGUUACACAAUAUGACGUCGAAGCCUAUCAGAAGAUUGAAGCAAAUUUAGGAAAAAAGCUGGAUGAGUACAAAUGCGUCGAAAAUGAGGUUAUGGUUUUAGUAGAACGAACACAGGAAGCAACAGAAAACGCGAGAAUUGAAAUGAAAGAAAUGGACGAAAAGAAGAAAUCUGGAAAGAAGCGACGACAAAAUGAUGAUUUCGGAGACACUGAGGAGAGUGGUGGAAGAUUUAAGAUGGGAAUCAAAAGUAUGGGAGGUCGAGGUGGCAGUGGUGGUGGACGAGGUGGAAAAAAGAAGAAAAUGAGUAAAUGAUUUGCUCAUUUAUUGUUAUUUCGGCUUUUCUGUUGAUUUUGUUGUCCAGUUGUUAUUCUUGUUAUGUUUUGAUUUAAACUGAGUUUUAUUACAAAAAUAAAUAAAAAGUAUGAAAUGAG